ACACCUCGGCCCACGACAACACCUCGGCCCACUACAACACCUCGGCCCACUACAACACCUCGCCCAACCACUACGCGUCGACCCACGACAACGCGUCGACCCACGACAACGCGUCGACCCACAACAACGCCUCGGCCCACUACAACACCUCGCCCAACCACUACGCGUCGCCCAACCACUACGCGUCGCCCAACCACUACGCGUCGACCCACGACAACGCGUCGACCCACGACAACGCGUCGACCCACAACAACGCGUCGACCCACAACAACGCCUCGGCCCACUACAACACCUCGCCCAACUACUACGCGUCGCCCUACCACUACGCCUCGUCCUACCACUACGCCUCGUCCUACCACUACGCCUACUCCUACGACAACCAGUAGUACCUCCACGCGCAAGCCCACGCUGUUCUGUGUGUUCGGCCCGACGUUUACAAGUGAUGCGGUCAUCAAGCAAGGAAUAUGCGAGUACGCCGUAUACGAUGGCUCUGCCUUUCUCGGCGCUGUGUGGCCUGCCGGCGCCCAACGCAAGCUCGAUAUCUUUUUCAAGGCGUUCCCGAGGAACUCCCGCACCGUUGCCGGCUUGAGCUUCAACGCCGAGCGCCCGUCGGACCCGCAGAGCGCGGUGCAGCAGCUCCCCAAGGUUGGAGCUAAAGAACUGCAACGCUACGUUAAACGAGUACCCCCUUGCGUCGCUAUGGGAUUCCUCAACGUUAUCUUCGCCCCUACAAAAGUGAACACGUUCCUAGCAGCGUUGAAGGUGAUGUAUGACGCUAUAAAGAAUCAUGCCAGCCAUUUGCUUUUUUUUGGAGCCUACGUACACACCAAGCGCUCAGGGGAGAGGCUCGCCCGAGAAACGCAAAGUAUACAGAACCUUGGCCUCGUCAUCUUGCAGACGCACAUCACGCCCCCCGAAAGGACGCUUCUGGCGAAAUGCACGGUGCAUCUGAUUUCGUACAAGUCAGGUCGGGGUAAACGGGACGUGCCCACCUUCGACGCGAUCAGUCCCACGGUCGACAAAUUCAGAGCUCUGGCGGGAAACUUCAGCGUCAUGUUCUCAUCGUCCCUGGGCGUCAUGGUGUACGUGGCGAAGGGGAAGGUCGUUUACGGUGAAAAGAAUUCGACCGGUCAAGCAUGCAAGCGCGGCAGCUUGCACGACCACGAUGUCUUGUGCAUAACUAGGAACGCUCGACGCGACUUUAAGAUCGACACCGCAGAAUCAGCGGGCUACCAGGUCUACGAGCAGUACAACGAGUCCCACUUCGUUACCUGGGAGGAGCUGAGUACAAUACAGACCAAGAUCAAUGACUACAUGAGCAGAAGUGAUGGGUGGGCCGUCUUCCAUGCCGACUUGGACGUCCGCAAGCUUUGCGGUUCCAAACAGAACUUAGAGCGUGUGAUUGCCUUUGCCACGGCUGUAAAGAACCGCGGUGGAGGAUAACCUCGCCACCACACGGUGUCACAAUUCAUCUGGGACGUUUACGAUUGUCCGCCUUCCUUUCCUGUAAUGCGAGCUCUCUUUUGGGAUUUGUUAUACCGCAUGACCGAUGAGUAAAGCUCAACCCCUCAACCUGGCUUUGGCGAAACUGCGCGAAGCUCGAGCUCUGACUUUUGUGUCAGCCAACCUGGCGCUGCACAAGCCACCGAUGGCGAUUGUUUUUUCAACCUUUGAAGCCCUAUAUUAAAAAAAUGUUUGUGUGAUUUGUU